CUAAACCCCUCUGAACCCCACGUCAAACGUCCAUUGAGUGAUGUUUAGUUUCUGUGUCCUUCUAAGCCUGCGCCAGUAGUAAGAUGGCUGCUUUCAGGCGCCCAAUAAGUUCGGAAUUCCUGGAUUCCGCCAGCCGAGAAUCAGUCUGCUACGAUCUUCCCUGCGUCGAUCCCGCAACUGGAGAUGAUACCCAGCUACCUCAAGAUGAUACUGCACUCGAUUCCGCUGACCAGUUUGACAAUUCAUACACGCUAAUGGGGCUUGACUCAUCAGACUCCUGGUGGCAGUUCAUUGAGACGGACGCCAAUACCAGCGUUUUCCCACUUGAUACAGGAUCCCAGCGAGGGCUUCCUCGUCGAAGGAGCAGAUAUCGCAUCCAGGAGAUUGAUCGACGGGCAGCUGCAACCUUCAUACCAAUUGUUUCGGGCCCCGCCGAUCCUCUAGAACGCUGGAAGAAUUCUCCGCCUGAAGCCGAAGCAGCCAGCUUAUCGGCCAUCCAGAAUGCUCUCGAGAAUGCACCGACGGAUUCAGGAGUAAGUCGAGGGCCCGCGCUGGGCCCGCACCUGGAUGACUUGUUUCAAACGCCUCGCCAUGCAUCUUCCCGAGCAGCUUCAACGGUAAGUGGCGCAAGUGCCACCAGUGCGUCCUCCUAUCGCUCCAACCGAUCUCGCGUAUCUGCUCGAUCGCAUGGCAGCCAGUCCGGCUCUGAUAGGUCAAUUGCGGGGAUACAAAAGAAACAGGUCAGCGCGGGCAGAAAGAAGAGGAGUUCGGCCAACAACCCUCGUAUAUUCUGCUGCACGUUUUGCUGUGAUAAAUUCAAGAGCAAAUAUGACUGGGUGCGCCACGAGAAGUCCCUUAAUCUGGACCUGGAAAACUGGUCGUGCGCGCCGUUCGGUGGUUCUGUCAUCCUGCCAUCCACAGGCCGCACCCAUUGUGCCUAUUGCAACCAGCUGGAUCUAUCCCCCACUCACCUCGAGCAGCAUAAUCAUGGAGUCUACCACCUGUUCCAGCAUCUGCGCCUUGUCCACCGUCUUGAAACCAUGCCACUCACCGACGGGUGGAAGAAUGUGGCCACAAACUUCCAGUCCCGUUGUGGAUUCUGCGAUAGUCGGAUGACCGGCUGGGACGAUCGAGCUGACCAUUUAACCAUGCAUUUCCGCCAGGGCUGUACCAUUGCCCAGUGGAAAGGCGACCAUGAGCUCCCGCCGGACAUCACCGCUCAAGUGAAACAUAGCGUACCUCCAUAUCUGCUCGACUUUGAGUCUCGAACUUUCGUUCCCUUCUCUGCCAUCAACGGUGCUGUCAAUGAUCAUCUUUCUCAGAUGCUCUCCCGGGCCAGCUUCCGAAACGUACUGGGCGAGCCUGAGACGACUCCGGACUCGGAAGCUCCGCAGCUGGAGUUGCCGCCAGCCCCCGAGCCUCAAUUGGAUUGUUACACUGAAGUGCUUACUCGCCACCUGAGUCAUUAUGCGCGAGAGAUAAUGAGCAGUGGCGUGGUUCCCACGGACCAGAUGUUCCAGUCAGAAGCGAGGCGUAUGAUGUUUGGUUCUGAAGACCAAUGGGACCAAACACUGGCGGAUGUUCCGGAAUGGCUGGCCAAGUUUCGCCGAGAGCAGGGCAACGAUGGUUUUCUGUAUGAAUAG